AUGGUGCAUUUUACUGCCGAGGAGAAGGCUGCUAUCACUGGCCUGAGGGGCAAAGUCAAUGCAGAAGAGGCUGGAGGUGAGGCUCUGGGCAGGCUCCUGGUCGUCUACCCCUUGAUCCACAGGUUCUUUGACAGUUUUGGCAACCUGUCCUCUGCCUCUGCCAUAAUGGGAAACCCCAAGGUCAAGGCCCAUGGCAAGAAGGUGUUGACCUCCUUCGGAGAAGCUAUGAAGAACUUGGACAACCUCAAAGGUGCCUUCGCUGAGCUGAGUGAGUUACACUGUGACAAGUUGCACGUGGAUCCUGAGAACUUCAGGAUGACUCCUGGGCAAUGUGAUUGUAAUUGUUCUGGCUACUCACUCUGGCAGAGAAUUCACCCCUGA